AUACUUUGAAAAAUACAGUAAAUAGCUAUUGCAGCAAAAUUCCCAGAUAUUUUACUUCUCCAUGUUGAAACUGGAGCCGUUGCAGCCCUUCAGAGCUCCAUAACAAACAAACACAACACAAAAAGAGUAAACUAACCUAAAACUAUGCUCAUCGUUUGCAUUAUCAGAAAAAUAUUUAUGGAUGGAUUUGAUUUAAAAAAAACCAAUCGCAUCUCUUAGAACACAGGUGUCAAACUCACCACGUCACAUUGAUAUCACGUGACAUUGUGAUGCUUUUUGCCUUUGUAGAGCUGCGGUGGGCAUGGCCUGCGCGUGACGGAUCCGGCCCGCAGGUCGCCAGUUUGACACCCUUGUCUUAGAAGGAUAGGUUGUUGAAGAAUGUUUGUUCCCAGAUCUCUCAAGGUCAAGAGGAAUGCUGUUGAUGAGGAGUGUUGUGUCGCGAAAAACCCCAAAUCUUCCCACAAUGAAUCUGCAUCUGAAAAGCCUACAGAACUUGGAGAUUCCAGGUCUGACAUCAUAAAUGCAGCAACUGUUGAGACUGAUGCAUUGAAAUCAACAGAAGGACACAGUGCGCCACAGAUAUUUUCAGAUUCAACGCUGGCCCUUACUGAAUCAGAGUCAGAAAACAACGAGGACUCUUGUGAUACAGAGGAACCCAUAAAAUCUUUCAGUAAAACUCAGCGCUGGCCACAAGCUGGGGAACCUGUAUGCGUGGUCUGUGGCCGGUAUGGGGAGUACAUCUGUGACAAGACUGAUGAAGAUGUAUGCAGUUUGGAAUGUAAAGCCAAGCACCUUCUACAAUUCAAAGGAGAGCCGGAAAGCUUAAAGCCUACUAAGAGUGAACAAGCCAUCUCUCAGCCCACCUUAACUGAUGCCGCUUAUGCGUACGAAGAGAAUGAAUUCCUGUUAAGCCUUGAGGAGGAGCAGAUCGAAGGCUUAAAACAGCAGCUGGGCAUCGCUGUCGAAGGGCAAGGAGUUGCGAGACCCAUUGUUGAGUUUGAACAUUGUGGCUUCCCGGAAAUUCUCAGCAGCAAUUUAAAAAAAGCCGGCUAUGAAGUCCCAACCCCUGUCCAGAUGCAGAUGAUUCCAGUUGGGCUACAGGGCAGGGAUAUUGUGGCCACUGCAGACACCGGCUCCGGGAAAACUGCAGCUUUCCUGCUUCCUGUUAUAAUGAAAGCUUCAGAAGAGACUGACACUUUGUCUGCUCUUAUUCUGACGCCAACGAGAGAAUUGGCUAUACAGAUAGAGAAGCAGGCUAAAGAGCUCAUGACUGGUCUGCCGAAUAUGAGAACUGUUCUUCUGGUUGGAGGAUUGCCUUUGCCGCCCCAGCUUCAUCGCCUGAAGCAAAACGUUAAGGUAAUCAUAGCAACACCUGGAAGGCUCCGAGAAAUUCUAAAGCAAUCAUCUAUUCAACUUCAUAAUAUUAAAAUUGCUGUUGUUGAUGAAGUUGAUACCAUGCUAAAGAUGGGCUUCCAGCAGCAGGUCUUAGAAAUUCUGGAAAAUAUUCCCAAUGAUCAUCAAACCCUCUUGGUGUCGGCCACGAUGCCUUUAAGCAUUGAACAGCUGGCAAGCCGACUUCUGCAGAAUCCAGUCAAAAUAACAGUCGGAGAAAAGAAUCUGCCGUGUUCCAACAUUCGCCAGAUUAUUUUGUGGAUAGAGGAGCCUUCCAAAAAGAAAAAGCUUUUUGAAAUAUUAAAUGAUAAGAAACUCUUUAAGCCUCCAGUACUGGUAUUUGUGGAAUGUAAAUUGGGUGCUGAUCUUCUGAGUAAUGCUGUUCAUAAAAUCACAGGUUUACAGACAACAUCAAUGCAUGCUGAGAAAUCACAGUCAGAAAGAACUGCAAUUCUACAGGGAUUAUUGCAAGGGAAAUAUGAAGUCGUAGUAAGUACUGGAGUGCUUGGGCGUGGACUUGACCUUGUCAAUAUUAAGCUGGUGGUGAAUUUUGAUAUGCCAUCUAGCAUGGAUGAAUAUGUGCACCAGGUUGGAAGAGCAGGUCGGCUGGGCCACAACGGAACUGCAAUUACAUUUAUUAAUAAUAACAGCAAGAGACUUUUCUGGGAUGUGGUCAAGCGCGUUAAACCAACUGGCACCAUUCUCCCACCUCAGUUAUUAAAUUCUCCAUAUUUACAUGACCAAAAGCGGAAAGAACAGCUGAGGACCAAAGAACAUCAGAAUAAGCUUGUAACGGGGGAUAAUCUUAUGGACAUUAUUAGAAAACAUGAUAAAAGUACGCCUCAAAAAUAACAAGCUAUAUUUAAAAAAUAUAAUUUGUUCACGUCGACUUGUUUUAUAUGCAAAAUUUUAAUCCAUUUCUAUGGAUGUGCUUCAAUAAAAAUAUAAAUUUGUA